AUUAACGAAGCAAAGUCAAUAACCAACCAAAAUAAGUUGGCUCAUUUUCUUUCCCAACGCAAUCAGUUUUCAAAAACCCAAUCUUCCUCGCUACGCUUCUCCUCUUCAAACACUAUAAAACCGAGAGAAUACACACACGCACGCACACUGUUCAUCACUAGACGAUACUUAUUCAAUUUCGAAAUUCACAGGGCGAAAAAGGAAGAAGCCGAGAGACUGAUGAGAAGAAGAUUCAUGACGAGAUCGAAAUCGCUUCCGAUUAGGUCUUCGCGCAAGUCUCUCGAUCCCUAUCAUCCAUCCCCCGCUUCGCUUCCGGAGGAAGCUAAUCAAGGAGUUAGCAACAAACGGUAUCCUCCGCAGAUUGAAAUUGGCGAUGAUGAUGUCGAGAUUGUUACAGAUACGUUUGAUGGAAGGGAUAAGAAGCGUCACUGUGUUGGGACAAGUGAGCCGUUGAGCUUAGAGGCUUGCAUCGUAUGUGAAACUUCAGACGAAUUGGUGUACCGUUGUUGUGGCGCUGACUGUCUUCUUUGGUUUCAUGACGAGUGUUUGAAGGCUGAGUUCGGUAGUGAGGAUCCUGCAAAUCCGUUUUGUCCUUACUGCUGGUUUCAGAUUCUAGCAGUGGAGUCUAUACGGUUGAAAGAGAAGGCCGUUGGAGCUGAAAUGGCGGUGUUCAAGUAUCUAGACAAAGAGAUGAGAAGCAAGGGUCAAGAGGAUUCAGUGGACACUACAGACAUUGUAAGUGAUCAGGAGGUAGAAGUGGAUGAGAAGUGUUCUGAUGAAUCAAGAGGUGAGGACAUGGCAGCAUUGGUUGAGGAAACCGAUCAAUCAGAAGGAGAAAAAGAGAAUUUUGAAGUGUGUACUGAUAGAGUGGUAGAUGAGGAAGAGAGAGUAGUUACAGAAAAUUUUCUAGACGAUGAGGAUGACGAAGCAGCUGGAGAUCAAACUAGAGGCAAUGCAGAUGCUGGGAAAGAGAGAGAUGUUUCACCGUUUUUGUCUAUGCAAGAAUCGUUUUCGGGAAAAGAACACGAUCAGGUCCAACAGAGCGAGAAGCGGAGAAGAAAAAGACGGUUGAUACUGAAUGCUUUCGAUAGUGACGUCUCAUCAAAUGGAUCAACUAACGAACCGAAUGGAGAAGAUGCGGUUGAGAAUAUUACUUCAUUGGCGUUAGUAGUAACCUCCCCGCCAGGGAUGAUGAAGAACCACCAGAGAGAAGAUAGCAGAACAACCAAAGUGGAUAACUCAAAGACAGUGAGGGACAUUCCGAUAUUUAAGAUGGAUCAGAAAAGGAGGCUAUUGUGGACGCCUGAAGAAGAAUACAUGCUGAAGGUGGGAGUGGAGAAAUUUUCAGCAGAAGCAAAGAAGAACAUUCCAUGGAGGAAAAUUCUUGAAAUGGGACAGAAGGUGUUCCACGAAACACGUACUCCAUCUGAUCUCAAGGACAAGUGGAGAAACAUGACUGGUGCAAGAUUAAAGAACAAACAAGACAGCACAACAGUCCCUGGUAUGUAACCGAUAAUUGGUGACUCCAAUUAGGAGAUAGAUGAUCUUGGAACCGUGAAGGUUUUGAGAAGCUAAAUAAAGAAUUCAUUUAUAUGAAACACGUUUUAUUUGAACUUCACGAAGCCUUUUUUUAUCUACGUUGCCAAUAUUAACAUGUAGUAUCAAAUAUAGACUCCUUUAACGGUGUUCCA